GGUGUUCUCUGCUUUUGGCUUCGUGGGGAUUAAAGCAUCAGCAUACCCUCACCGGAAACGAGCUGCUGCGAGGGCAGCCACGCUUAAGCAUUUUCACCAAAUUCCUUCAGCUGGUGUGCUGAGCGCCGGGCUCUGCUGGUAGAGCCACUCACAGGAGUGGCGACAAGCGUUCCUGCUUAUCCUCCACCCACGUCUCCCCGAUGGUGCCUCAAGAGUGAUUUCUGAACCUUGGGAGUUUCCGUCUUCGCUGUGAAACGCCCCCAGAGAGGCAGUGCUGACGGCUGACGGCACAGGGCGUGCGGAGGAGCCCGGCAUGGCCAGGGGGAGGCCGCCGGGCUCUGGCAGGCAGCGCUGGCUGCUGGGGCUGCUGGCCGCCGUGGCCGCCGUCCACCUGGCCGCCUGCCCCUAUACCAAGGUGGAGGAGAGCUUCAGCCUGCAGGCCGCGCACGACCUGCUCUACCACCGGCUGCAGGUUGAGCAGUACGACCACCUGGAGUUCCCGGGCGUGGUCCCCAGGACAUUCCUCGGGCCACUGGCGAUCGCAGUGCUGUCCAGCCCUGCGGUCUGCGUGCUCUCGCUGCUGGGAUCGUCCAAAUUCUAUUCUCAACUGACAGUCAGAGCGGUCCUCGGACUCGGAGUGAUUUCUGGACUCUGGGCUUUGCAAAAAGAAGUGCGGCGACAGUUUGGGGCCACGGCGGCCACGGUGUUCUGCUGGGUGACGGCCACACAGUUCCACCUGAUGUUCUACUGCACGCGGACGCUCCCCAACGUGCUGGCCCUGCCUGUGGUGCUGCUGGCCCUCACGGCCUGGCUGCAGCAGAGGUGGGCCCGCUUCAUCCGGCUCUCGGCGCUGGCCAUCCUGGUCUUCAGGGCUGAGCUGAGCCUGCUCCUGGGCCUCGCGCUGCUGCUGCUGCUCUGCACCCGGCGGCUGUCCGUGGCCAAAGCCCUGCGCUGCGCCGUGCCCGCCGGCCUGCUCUGCCUCGGACUGACGGUGGCUGUAGACUCCUAUUUUUGGCGUUACCUCGUGUGGCCAGAAGGAACUGUGCUUUGGUACAAUGUCAUCCAGAACAAAAGCUCCAACUGGGGAACCUCGCCCCUGCUGUGGUACUUCUACUCGGCCCUGCCCCGUGGCCUGGGCAGCAGCCUGCUCUUCGUGCCCCUGGGCCUCGUGGACAGAAGGGCCCUGGUGCUGCUCCUGCCGGCGCUGGGCUUCGUGGCCCUGUACUCGCUGCUCCCGCACAAGGAGCUGCGUUUCAUCAUCUACACCUUCCCCCUGCUCAACGCCGUGGCCGCCCGGGGCUGCGCCUACCUGCUGAACAACCACCGGAAGUCUUGGCUGUAUAAAGUGGGGUCCCUCCUCGUGAUAGGGCACCUUGUGGUGAACGCUGCCUACUCGGCCACAGCCCUUUACGUGUCCCACUACAACUACCCUGGUGGCAUGGCCAUGCAGAGGUUGCAUGAGCUGGUGCCCCCCCGGACAAACGUCGUCCUGCACAUCGAUGUGGCUGCUGCGCAGACAGGCGUGUCUCGGUUUUUGGAGGUCAAUGGCGCCUGGAGAUACGAGAAGAGGGAGGACGUGCAGCCCGGGUCACAGCGCAUGCUGGCCUACACGCACCUGCUCAUGGAGGCGGCCCCCGAGCACCUGGCCCUCUACAGGGACACUCACCGGGUGUUGGCCAGCGUCGCAGGCACCACUGGGGUCAGUCUGAACCUGACCCGACUGCCUCCCUUUAACGUCAACCUGCAGACAAAGCUGGUGCUCCUGGAGAGACUCCUGAGGCCUUCCUGAGGGGACCGAAUGGUGUCCACCGGGCUCCACCAGCGCCCGGCACGAGACAGCACAGGGAAACAAUCACAGGACUGUGACGUGCUUCCUACACAGGCCUGAGGGGGCAGGCCGAGCCCACCCACUGCCACACUUGAGCACAGGCCCCACAUCGACACCACUCACUGCUAGUGAGAACGAGGUGCCUGGGCACAGUCGCAGGAACAGGAGACUGCCCUGGGGAGCUGCUUUGGGGCAGCACACCAUGUUUGUUGCCGGUGGGCCUCAGAGCACCUAACAAGGCGCACCCUUUGGGGAGGUCAUGGGAGUGUGUAGCUGUGAAGUUGGGACCUCUGCCCCUGUUGCACAGCGUCCCCCCAACCUGCAUCCUGAGCUGCUGCCGGCUCCCCUUCAUAGUCAGGGGGACGGGUUCCAUUUCAGAGGCAUUUUAGCACGUACACAUGUUCAAAUGGAAUGGUAAUUAAAAUUUGUAAAUCCU